AUGGAAUCCCUGCAGUCUCAGGAUGCGCAGCCUUUCGUGCGGCUGACUGUCCAACGUCGAAAACCAUCUGGCAGUGAGCCUAUACCAGCCUCUCCUCCGAAUCCUAGCACAACGAACCCAUCCUCAACCAGUGCCCUGGCCGCGGCCCUAUCUUUCGCAGGACUAAACUUCAAAUCUCAUAGUGUGAAGUCUGCACAAUUGACUCUGACACCCCACCAUCUUUUUGUACUCCUUUCGCGGAUUGAGGAGCUGGAUGUGGACAUUGGACCUAUGAAUGUACGCGUUGAAAGCAUACAUAACGAUUCGUCCCCUGCCAACUACGUUUCCUUUCUCCAGAGCCACAAUCCCUCCAAAGGUCGUAGUGAUGCAGAUUCCAUCCACUCUGUAUCGAGUGUGCGAAGUGUCAUGUCUAACAUGAGCGCUUUGUGGUCAGGUAUAGGUCUUUCUGCAGGCUCAAAGAGUGAAAAAGCACGUUUGGCCCUAGAACACGACCUCAAAUAUGUCUAUGGUGCAUUUACCAAACUGCCCUCACUCCGACUCACUCCUGACCAUCGAACCCCGCUAAUCAAGGGUUACGAACAGUUUCCCUUUGACACUGCCGUUCCUCUGUUUGCCUUCAAGAACGUCCAACAGCUGGAAAUUAUUGAUCUUGAUUUUCGAAGCUUUCAUGGCUGGGAUCGUUUGGCGGAACAACUUUGCCUACUCACAAUCAAACGAGGAAAUCUUGACGAUCCACUUGAUCUUCUCGAGAACAUUGUGCUUGACGAUGCCGAGAAGCGUAGACGAAGGUCGAAUCGUUGGCAAGGUACACCGUCAACACCCUCAUGGUCGAUGCCAUCGACCCCUCAAACAGAAUAUGCUGGUUCCCACUCAGAUCCAGGUUCGCCGCAACAAAAUAGCCCGGGCACCUCGCCACAGGUCAAUGACAAGAAAGGCGAGUACGUGACCGGAUCACCUCCACUGAAGUUGAAGAAUAGGAGUCAGACCUUUGUUGAAGGCACUUCUCCCAAACGGCCGACACCCAUGCGACCUGCAACCUCCUACCGUCACAAUCGAACAUAUUCCUACAAAGUCAAGCGAUCCGGUUCAGGUGGCUCGGGCGACCACACAACCACACCUUCUCGUUCUGAUGGAGUAGGCAAACCUAAUCCGAAUGUUUUGCCUGCCUCAAAGUGGCAGAGGCUCGUCUACUUGUCUUUGGCUGAUAAUGGUAUCACAUCGCUACCGCCACGAAGUAUUCAGGCUAUCGCACCAUCGCUAAGGUCGUUUAAUUUGUCCUCGAACCUCUUUACAGAAAUACCCGAAAGUCUAUCGACCUUGUCACGGCUCGUGUCACUGGACUUGUCUAAUUGCAUGCUCGAGUCUUUGAGGAACCUUACAGCUCACCCUCUGCCAGGUCUUGUCACACUAAAGUUGAAGUCCAAUCGACUACAGUCCCUGUCAGGUAUCGAGCAAUUGCUCUCCCUGGAAAAUCUAAACGUUCAGGACAAUAAAAUUUCCGACCCAGAUGAAGCUGCUCGCCUUACCCAGAUGUCUAAGUUCAAGAGAUUGUGGAUUAAGUACAACCCAUUAACCAAGGCUUUUCCUGACUACCGCGUUCGCAUACUAAGUCACUUCCGAAAAGUUCCAGGAUUUGUCGAUGAUGUGGUCAUCGAUGAGCAGCCUGCCACUUACACCGAGCGCAAGCAGCUGAUAGAGCGGGCUUCAAGUGUCAAACAACAUAUUCUCCACAGGGAGGAGGUCCCAGAAGCAAAGGUUGUCCUUGUCCAGGAGACGCCUGAUACAACAACCGUGGUGGAUGUUAAUAAGAGGUUAUUAAACAACACAAUACAGCGAACAUCUUCGAGUGCAUCGACAAGACCUAAAAGAAGUCAAAGGCGUCGCAUCGUUGAUCUUUCUGAGAACGAGUCUACGUCAGUACGGCAAUCUAUUCUUGAUACUGCAGGGACAACCAUGGAAAUACACCCAGCCCUAACGUCGCAAACAACGACACAUCUGACCGAACCGGCUUUACCAUUACCAUCACCAUACCCCGACACAAUCGAUAGUGACGCAGCUGAGGAGCACGACUACAAACUCAAGGUCGAGGAACUGCGUCUGAAAUUUGGCAAUACCUGGCUAAGUGCUCUUGACGAGCACAAGCAGGCUCACUGGCAGUCUGACAGUGAUUUGCCAACAUUGUCCUCGAUACAUCCGCCCCCACCACAACUACACCACUACCAGUCGAGUCCUUCUGUUGUCGGUGUUGGUGGAAUCAUGCUCUGA